AGACAAGACAAAUUCGCCACGAGUUUCGCAAUUCUCGAAAGUAAAGGAUUUCCAGAUAAAGAUAGUUCCGGUAUCGUAUCCUGGAGAAUACUGUCCGACGUAGAAGCCCUAGCAAUGGCGAGGAUGAUAGCAACUACAAUGGCGCGAACACGCUACGCACCACGUAGACCACGAGCAGC